GGCUGGAGCUGUUGGGUGGGGGCGAGUGAGUUCUGCUGACAGGCGGCGGAUCCAGGCUCCGGGGAGGAGGCCGCGAUUGACGGGGCCGGGAAGCGCCGUCAGGCGGUCCUGAGGCAGCGGCGGCUGCGGGGGCCGCCGGUCGGGAGAUGCUGUCGACGGCGGGAGAGAGUCCGUGGCAGUUGGAGGCGGAGAGCAGACAGGAACAUUGGAAGCUUUUGGGAAGCUUGAGGACCACUGUGGAGGGGCUGCUGUCAACAAAUAACCCCAAUGUCUGGUCCAAGUAUGGUGGGUUAGAGCGACUCUGUAAAGACAUGAACAACAUCAUGUGUCACGGACUUGUGGAGGAGAAGGUAUAUUCACAGGAGAAGGAUUACUGGGCAUUCGUAAAAGAUGUUUGCUGGGUCAGCCCUCGCUUUGCUCACCAUAUUGAGCAGUUUAUGGACCUUGAUGAACAAUCUCGGAGUUGGUCUGCCCCAAAAAGUAAUUCUCACAAAGCAGAAUGCUGGCUUUAUCACAGCCUACAACUACACUGCCUGUCCUCCCAACUCAAACCACUGCUCAGUAACUAUCAGCACACCAGGAAAUUCUACAAAGAAUCUGCUUUUCUGUUGAGUGACGCCCAUGUGACUGCUAUGUUCCAAUGUUUGGAGGCUGUGGAACAGAAUAAUCCCAAAAUCCUUGCUCAGAUUGAUGCGUCAGUGUUUGCUCGGAGAUGCAGCUGUUCCUUGACAAUGAUGAAAAGUCGGAGUUUAACUGGGUUACCUGCGUUUAAGUGUGUACCUCCUGUGGAGGGAGUCCAGAGGAGACAUACUGCUUCAUAUACCAGCCUUGCAUACCAUUCUUCAAGUGGGAUUAUUCCAGACAAUGCAUCGGCAAGUUUCUUCAAUGCAAGCCACCCUCAACAAGAACCCAAAAAGAGAAUGUCUCCAAUAUUGCUGGAUUCCCAAGACGUGCCAGUGUCUAAUCAGGUUUCCGUAAUCCCACAAUUCAAUAUCAUUCCUGCUAUUGAGCCAUUUUCUCCUGUCAGUGAAACAACAGUCAGUACUCCUAUUAGCCACAGUGAGGACACGUGGAAUGAAGUACAAGAUGAAGGAUCAAAUGAAAUGGAUGAUGGACCCGAGUACUUGGCUAUUGGGAACCUAGGGCGGAGGGAUUGCAGUUCAAGCCAGUACAGUGGUACCUCCUCUGGUUCUGGGUGUGCAAAGCCACCAGGUAAACCUACAAAACAAGUUCCUACCAUUAGCUGCAGUACCACUCUGCUGGCUCUCCCAAGACGUUCCAGUUUCUCUGAGGCUGAGACCCUGGAACGACACGGCAGUUUCAAGAAAAGCCAUGUUCGUUCCCAUUCUGACACAGGUUUAGCAGCUGCAAGGACAUCGCGGACAGGAGACAUCCGAGAAAUCACUCUUAUAGUGGAGGAUCCAGUGGAAGAAUCCCAGGCAGAUGUCCCAAACAUGAAGGAAUAUGGCCCGUUCUCAGCUCAGAGUAGUGAGGUCAGCACUCCGAGCUCACCGUACAUGGAAGGUGAAGGUGUGAAGUAUAUAAGCAGCUCUGAUGGACUGUUCCGUCGUCCCUCCCAAGGCCAGUCACUGAUCAGCUACCUGUCUGAGCAGGAUUUUGGAAGUUGUGCUGAUUUGGAAAAGGAGAACGCUCAUUUCAGUAUCUCAGAGUCGCUGAUUGCUGCCAUUGAGCUGAUGAAGUGUAAUCUAAUGAAGAAGCAAAUGGAGGACGACGACGAGGACAGUGACAAGGAAAUACAGGAGCUCAAACAGAAAAUUCGCAUUCGACGUCAGCAGAUCCGGAACAAGAAAUUCCCGCCGGGAAUCCAGGAUGCCGAGUCUGACACCUUUACCACCACUGAGAGCGGGUCUCCCAUCAGCUCACACGGCUCUGCACCUCUGACUGAUUCAGGAUCCACAGAUGGAGUGGAUGAAUUUGAGCUAAAAGAUGGUAUUGAUGAGUCAAAUCUCAUUCAUAUGUCUGCGAAUGGGCUCUCAACAUCAAUGGCAUCCUUGUUUUCAGAUGCAGAUAUAAAGAGGAGUGUGGCUUCAAGCAACAAGUCUAGGAUGAAUUCCGCACCCAUCUCAUUCUCAUUUCUUCAUUCAAACUCGGCUGAAGCUGUUGCCAUGGGCCUUCUGAGGCAGUUUGAGGGGAUGCAGCUUCCGGCUGCUUCUGAGCUGGACUGGCUGGUUCCAGAACACGAUGCUCCUCAGAAGCUUUUGCCAAUUCCGGACUCCUUUCCAGUGUCCCCUGAUGACGGGGAACAUGCUGACAUUUACAAAUUACGGAUCCGGGUCCGAGGAAAUCUGGAAUGGGCGCCACCUCGACCACAAAUCAUCUUCAACAUUCACCCAUCGCCCAAGAGGAAGGUGGUCGUAGCCAAACAGAAUUACCGCUGUGCAGGAUGUGGCAUCCGAGUGGAGCCAGACUAUAUCAAGAGGUUGCGCUACUGCGAGUACCUGGGCAAGUAUUUCUGUCAGUGCUGCCACGAGAAUGCCCAGGCAAUUGUUCCAAGCCGAAUCAUGCGGAAAUGGGAUUUCAGCAAGUAUUACGUCAGUAACUUUUCCAAGGAUUUGUUGAGUAAGAUCUGGAAUGAUCCGCUUUUUAAUGUUCAGGACAUCAACAGUGCUUUAUAUCGCAAAGUGAAAUCCCUGGAUCAAGUCAGAAUGCUGAGAAUUCAGUUGGUUCACAUGAAGAAUCUGUUCAAGACGUGUCGGUUGGCAAAGACUCUCCUUGAUACCUUUGACACAGAACCUGGCCACCUUACUGAGGACCUCCACCUGUAUUCGUUGAAUGACCUGACAGCGGUAAAGAAAGGGGAGCUGACUGGUAGGCUCAGGGAGCUGGUGAAGACUGGAUUGGCACAUGUGGCGAAGUGUGUGCUUUGUCAAGCAAAAGGCUUCAUCUGUGAGUUCUGCAGUGACGACACUGACAUCAUCUUCCCUUUUGAGCUGAACAAAUGCAAGCGUUGUGAAGAAUGUAAAGCGUGUUAUCACAAAUCCUGUUUCACGUCCGAUCAGUGUCCUCGGUGUGAGAGGUUGCAAGCUCGGAGAGAACUGCUUGCCAGACAAAACACUGAACUAUACUUUUCCGAUCCAGAAGACGCACCCAGAAAGCAGCGAUUGUGACUCGUGAGAGGAGGUUAUAGACCAUUUGAAUGUUUGAAGUUCAAUUUAUUUUGAUGCACUAUCUCUAUAUGGGAGUUUGUAUUAGUCUUUCUGUCCUCUGUGUGCUAUAAUGAAGAUGCAAUCUGUAUUGCCAGAUGCAGACACCUUGGCAAGUGCUCCUUCUUGUGCUGAUGAAUGUUAAUAAUUUACUUGUCCAUCCUGGCUGCUUAAUGAGUUUAUUUAGAAGAGUGAUAUUGCCUACUUUGCUUCAUUUCAUUGAGGCUGGACUGAGGAGCAAACCGUAAUAGCAAUCACUUGCUGGCCUGUUGCAAUAGGUUUCUGUCCUGCCCUGAUUACGUCACAUGCUUUCAAUUAGCUAAAUCUUCAAUGUGUCUCCACUCUUUUCACUCCCUCCAUCCACUUUCCUCCAUCUUGUCUUUCUCCUCAUCUGUGUCCUAUUUAUCCUGGAUGAAGGAGGAUAUGUUCAACAUUGAAGUCAUGGCGGGUAAAUAAAGAGCAAUUUUAAGUUAUAAAGGCAGUAAAGUAAUUCUCUGCCUCUAGUAUUGUGUACUCUUGUUGCUUUUAGCUGAUAUUGUGACUGAUGCCCAAUAUUGCUUGGUUCAGGUGCAGCACUAUAGUUUAUGCUACACUGGCCUCACCUGGUGUUUUGAGGGCAGGAACCACAGGGAUAAUGAUGUCAUUAUAUCAAUUAAUUUAUUUUAAAAAAUCCUUUAAAAACCAUGUUUGAAUAUGCAGGUUCUGCUCCAUGGUGCUGAUUAGUAUAUUGCCACCCUGUUAAGAGUUAGUGUAACGUACCUCAGGCAGUCAAUGAGGCCUGCAGAAGGAGUUUGUUGUAAACUUAGCCUUUGUUGGUCUGAGAAUGGGGCGGGUGCUGCCAUUUAAGAAUCAAAUACUAUAUAUGAUUGAAAAGAAACCAUUGCUGUGUCCUGGUCAUUACUGCCUCUAAGCGCUGAACCAUCAAAGCGCCACAUUGUAAGAGAUCCGGGGUGCUUGUGUCUUGUACAGUUAUUUUAUCAAGGCCAUUUGAUUGUACUUCCCCCAGUGGUUUAAUUGGAAAGCCACUGUAUAGUUGAAACCGAGUCACACAGGCGGUCACGUCCCAGGGUCAGUCUCCAGUCUAUGCUGGAAGCUAUAUUCGGCCUUGCUUCCUUAAGGUUAGGGAGGGAAAAGUCAGUCAGGGAUCCUGCUCCUGAUCCCUUUCCUUGUGACCUCUAUAAAAAGUGGAUAUACUGAGGUGACGGAAGGAUUAAACUCGAUUGAUGCGCCCAACUUCAUAUAGUUUGUUAGCAUUUGAUUCCGGGCUUGCAUGCAAAGACUGGUCACUUAGGUGAAGCAGCCUUAAAACUGUAAAAGCUUUCAGGAUAGUUGAAGUAAUGGAGAUUUUGUUUCAAAAUUUAUACAUGUAUUGAUUUUAAGCUUAAGUACUUGAUGGUUUUAGAGCUGGUGUAAAUGAGCAAUGCAAACAGACUAGUAUUCAUCACUUUUCCCCACUUUAGAAAGGUGCUGGCUGACUGAUUCAGAACUGUAAUGUUUAUUGCACUCCUGCCGAUUGUGAAUGCAACAAAUGUGAAAGUAAGCCACAUAGACUACAAGGAUCCCAAUUUAUGGAGUCCUGUAGCUCAGUGGUUAGAGCACUCGCUUUGCAAGCGAGAGACCUGAGUUCAAUUCCAGGCAGAGGGCGAAACCUUGGGCAAGUUUCCUUACUCCACACACCUAAUAAU